AUGUCGCCGUUUGCUGGCUGCUGCCCCACAGCACUGACUUCGUGCUGCUGCCUGAAAACCUACGACCGCGAUGCUGCGAUCCUACAGAUCCUUUCGGAGAGCACGGAUCCCGACGGUCCUUCCUUGUUCGGACGCCUGUGCUGGUGCCAGACCGCUCCGAUUCCAAGGCCGUCAGCGGGGCUGGAGGACAUUGAAGCGAUCCGCAACCUGGCUGGUGUAACCCUGCAGUCCGGGUCGCAUCUGACAGGAGGAUCUCUGGAGACCCUCCGGUGGAGCCAGUUUGAUGCCCAGACACGGAUUUUGGCCACGAAUGGGUUUGGUGGGUGGAAGCAGCCUUGGAACACCGGAGUCUGGACCGAGCCUGCUGGAGAUCCUCUCUGGUGCUUCCUGCUCUUCCUCGCCCGUGCUGCCAACUUCACCUACGAGUUCCGCUUCUCCGAAGACUUCCAACGUGCCGACAUCGUCCCGCGAGGAAAUCCCACCGUCUUCUGCUGCUGCUGUUGCCCCUGCAUUCCAGCCUGGCUCGAGAUGCCGAGCUGCCUGACACGAAACUACAUGGUCCAAGCCGACUCCUCCAUCAAGGGCGACCAUUGGGAACGUUUCCAAGGCGCCUUCAACAAGAGACCGAGAGAGCGACAAGAUGUUGGUGAGCGCUUCAGGGGAUAG